AUGAGUUUUGUUGAAGUGUUUCCCUCUCUUCUCUCUUCGGACUCGCCAUCAUCAUCAGCGGCAAGCCUGAAAUCCACGCCGACUGCGGAAGGGGAUUAUGUGUGUUGGUUGGAGGAUGAAGCAAUGAAUGAACCCAAUCAUCAUCAUCAGGAUAUAAAUGCCAUGUUUUAUGAAAAGAUGUUCCAAGCUAUGAAACAUCAAGAUGAAGCCGAGAUGAGAUGUAGUGGUGGUAGCUUUAAUAUUAAUUCUCAAUUAACACUCAUAUGGAAAACAUUUGGAAAUGAUUUGAUUUUGCAAGAAGCCGAUUUGUAUGGAGAGCGGUCAUCAAGAACAUUCACAUUCAAAGCUCCCAUGAAUGUUUUCUUUCUUCCAGGAGUUUCACUCAUGAAAACCCAUCAAGAAAUUACAAUGUGGGCUUUAGCCACCAAUAGAACAUUGUAUCGAAUUAGCCUGACAUACCAAUACAACAAAAGCAACACCGAAACUGAAAACAAGCAAAACAACAGCUUAAUCGAUGCAUUAGUUGCUCAUUUGCACCAUAACAUUCCUAUUGUGGAAGUAUUACGAAUUGGUAUGGCUACAGAAGAAAUUGAAUUCGCUUACAACAGAGCAAACCAAAAAUCGAUUUUUACUGGAUUCUUUGGGGGAGGGUCUUCCGAAUCAAAUAAUAUUGACUUCUUCAACAAUCAUAGUCAACAUUUUCCAACAUGCCUCUAUGGCAUUGAACAUAAUGCAGCUAUAAUUGGAUUUGCAAAUGGUGACUUGUUGAGAGUCAUGAAAGAGGGCAAUAAUUCCACCCAAAUGAACAGGUUCAUUUUUGAAAACACUUCAACAACUAGCUGGCCAUGGUUUUCGAGCAGGAAUAAGGAUAUGACCUUAAUGGGAGUUUUCAAAAACGGUGUUGUUUCUGUCAAGCACAUUUCUAUGUUCAAUAAUCAACUAGAUCUCAUCAUUUCUCUUCACAGAAAUGGUUAUUUAAUCGUUUGGAGAGAAGAUGUGGAAACAAAAGUGAUGGCAACAGAAGAGAUCGACCCAGUACAAAACCAUUUGCGACUUUUAACAUUGAAUAUUCCUAGAGAACAAUCCAAUGAAGAUACAAUCUAUGAAAGCGACCUUAUUGACAGCCUAAGAUUUUGCUCCGAUCCUAUGAAAGUGAUACCCUCUACUGUGACUACUCCACAACAGACAAGCAGUAGUUUUAAUAUUGUGCUGGCAUAUUCGAGACUCAAUGGAAAAACAUCGUCAGCAGCUUCGAUAACGGCUCCUGUGACGGACGAGACUUUAUUUACGGCUCUUAGUUUUGGAACUACUGUUGAUCAACAGGAACAAUUCUCUCUCGAAUACCGCGGCAUUGAAAACGUGAAAUAUUUUUCAUCUGAACUUUUACAAAAAGAUUUAUUUCAAUUUUAUGGUAAUAGCUCGAUAGCGUCAAGAUUGGUCACAUUUGACAUUGCUGAUGGAAAUGUAUGGGCGAUUUGGUCAGUGAGAGAUUUCAGUUUUAGGAAUGUUAUAGAAGGUGGCUAUUCUUCUUUCCUUUCGUAUACUGCUUCCUAUGGAUCAAUAUUAUCAUCAGCAGUUCAAACUCAAUCUGCUUGGUCAUUUGUUCGUACUCUUCACUCACAAUAUGCAAGUGGAAUUUUGAAAAUUAGCAAAGUGAAUGACCAUGUAGAAAAUGUUAGAGGUUUCGUCAUGCAAUUCCUUUUUGAAAGUUCCAUUCGAAACAUGCUCAAUCCUAAUGUGUUACUUAGAGCAGUUGUUUCAUUCUAUCCAAAAGAUGAGUUACCUACUCUGGCUCAAUCUCUAGGAGUCUCUGAGGAUUACAAUGAAAUUUUAUCUUCUCAACUAGAUCAUGUGUUCUGGAUGGAACGUAUCACAUACGCUAUUGAGUAUACUCUCUCUCAAAAGCGAGCCAUGAUCGAUGAUGCCAAUCCUCUUCAACGGAACCAAAUGGAAGCCAAGAUGGAAGCACAAACAUGGAAAGAGUUUUUACACACACUCAUACAGGUGUGGAUAACAUUCAAUUCUCCACUUGCAUUUGCAUGGUUUGACACAAAACCACAACAAACACCAGGCAUAAUUUAUACUGGCACAUUCAAAUCAGCACCUUCCGUAUCCAUGCUUCGCUCUAUGGAUACUUUGGAAAACAUUUUCCAUAAUGUGAACCAGCAAAAUUGUAAUCGAAACUACGUGCUUGUAGCUGAUCAAAUUCAUCUCACAAAAGAAAUUACUUCCAAAUUAUCCUUUUCCAAAGAUUUAAUACGCUUGUUUGAGGUGUUGAAUUAUGUUGAGACUUCUGUCACUGAGCUUUCCAAAUCGUUCAAUAUUUUACCGUAUUAUUUCUCGAAAAAACUAGGUUUAGAACAUGAAGAUCCUUCUGUUACUGCCAGAGUGAUUGCACUUGAAUUGGUUUCUGGAUUAACAUUCCCAGAUGCGAAUGAACUUCCUGAUACCCUUAUUCAAGACUCAAAAAUUAAUUCUAAAAGAAAGCUGUUUGUACACGAGUUUUUGAAGAGACUGAACAAAAUUACCAGCACUCCAAUCUAUGCCAUUUUAAAUUAUAUUUCGAGAAAAUUAAUGGGCUUGGAAAGUAUAAGCCUGGACAGCAUCAGUGCUUCAACAAAAGAAUGCAGAGCUUCUCCACGAAGUGCAAAUUUCAUUUCUCUUAUUAAUGGCGCUUCCAUGCAACUGUUAGAAUCUCGAUUUUAUUUAUGUUGUCAAUUGUGUGUAUUUGUUGAAGUGAUGAAGUUGUUGACACCCAAUGAUUCUUCCAUUACACACAGUAUUGCAUUGGCUGAUUCUCUUGAAAGCAAGAGCUAUUACACAGCUCUUAGAGGUUAUCAUAUUGCUUGGUGGCUCUCCACCAGAUCUAUUGAGGCUAAUUUCGGAACUUUGAAUUUAGCAAAAUCAUUAUCUGAUUCAAAACUGAACUUGACCGAUUACAUGCUCAGUUAUCCUACUUUACACAACUCAAAGAAUCAUGCCUUCGUGUUGGAAAUGCUGCUCAGAGAGUCUAGAAUCUCUAGCGAUAUGAUAUCACUCUUGGAUCAACUGUCUUCACAGAAUCUGUCAUUGAGUAGACUCGUCACUAAUAUUGCCUCAAACUUUGUGCACAGUAACAUUCUUGUUGAAUAUGACGGUAUUAAUCCGCAUGCGAACGACUUGGAAAUUUGUCAAUAUCUCAUCAAUUGGCAAGCAUUUGAAACGCUAAAAGAGUAUGCAAGUAUCCUGCAGAGUUACGAUGCUUCUUUCCCUCACUCAUUCCACUUCUUGGGUAUUGCCAAUCUACAACAAGGAGAAGCCCUGCAAACCAAAGAAAACUUUGUGAAAUGUGCUAUUAUUGCCAUUAACAAUAGGUCCAAGCAAGAAGAAACGAAACGUUUGUUUGAACUCAUGAAUAUUUAUUGGAAGGUUGAACCAUCGAUCGUGAACUCAAAGACCAGUCAAGACCUUGUCAAGCAGUCCGUUUCAUUCUAUUAUUAUAAUUAUGUUAGACAAUUAUGUGGAAAGCAUCCGGAAUUGGCGUUGGACUUUACAAACCUUGCUCUUAUGGAAGCAGAUAGCGAAGUUGUUCCUCAAGAAGAAGUUAAUAUUUUGUAUAGCGUCUUAUUUACACUAAGUUUGCAUUUCGAUCGAUACGAUGACGCCUAUAUUGCCAUUAAUUGUCAAACCGAUGUUCAAAGAAAGAAGGCAGAUCUCAGAAAAUUUGUUGGAACCAUUGGUGAGCUCGCAGCUGUUAAUGCAACACAAUGUGCCUACUAUGGUAACAUGUUGUGCGAAUUGCCUUUCUCAGGCAUGCGAAACGAAGUCAAUGAUUUACUACAUGAACGAGCCAUGCACGCAGAUCUCAGCAUUAGAAUGUCAGAAACAGCGCCCAAUUAUUAUGGCUCCUUAUCUUCUGUUAAGGUUCUCCAUCCUAGUAACACUUCAUCCGUGCUGUCUCAAUCCAAGUUGACACUUCUCGAAGAGCAUCAAGAACGUAUCAAUUCGACCUAUGCCUACUAUCAUCUUUUGUACGCAUUCAAUGUACACAGAGGCGACUAUAACAAGGCAGCCCUGUACAUGUAUGAAUUGGGGCGUAGAAUUGAUAGUCAAGUCAAGCUCAUUCCCAUGUCUGUCUCUUCAGAUGCUGCCUAUGAAGAAAUUAUUGAGGCUUACCUGAAGAAGCAAGCAGAAUGUUUCUUAAUUUCUCUCAAUGCCCUCAAACUCGUCUCUGAUAGGAAUCAAUGGUUCUUGUAUCCAUUCCCUGAUGAUAGUAUUGAAGCGAUCGAUCGUUCGAUUAGUCCCCUAAAGAGAAAUCGUGAUAGCCAAUCCACGGCCAUUGAGAAUGAGGAUCUGGAAAAGAGACCUCAUCCAGGUAUUAUCACAAUUUCUCAACUCGAGACUCGUUACCACAUGGCAUCCUCCAAAGUCACCAUUCUCCAAUGUCAGAGAAAAAAUCCAACCACUACUUUCAAUGUGCUUUCAUUGCUCUUGUUGAACAAACCACUCGACGUGAUUACCUUGCUUGCCUCUGAAAAUUGUGAAGAAUAUGAAAAAGCGUUUUAUGUGGCCACAUGUUGUAAAUUGCCUCCAAGUGACUUGCAUGAAAUUUUCACACGACUCGCUCGUAAAUGUUACCAUAGCGAACAACAACAACCCUUCAUAUCAAAAAGUAGCACGGAAAAAUUGUGGCAAUUAUUACGACUCAAGUUGAAAAAACACGACAGUGCUGCAACGAAUUAUCAAUUAAGUGCAGCUUGUGUAAAAACCAUCUACAAGGAAAUUCAAUUAUUUGACAAUAAUACUCAAAAACAGUCACGAGAACCAUCAGACGGUAAACGAAACAAUGAUGGCAUUCCAUUAUGGCUCCUGGACAUGUGUGAACCCAAUACCUUAUUACGAAUUUAUCUCGAGUUUGGCAAGAGAAAAGAUGCUCAUGAAUUAUUGCAACUCAAUUCUGCUUUCCCUCCCAAUGCGGAAACUCCCAAUCGUCUCAAAAUACCCAUUACCUAUACCAUGAGAGAAUACGCCUCCAAUUUUUAG